AUGUCAACGGACAGCGGCAUUCCGGCGUCCACGCGGACAAUCAAGGCGUCCGAGUUCAAGGCCAAGUGUCUCAAGCUUAUGGACGAGGUGGCGGAGAGCGGUGAGGAGAUCGUAAUCACCAAGCACGGUCGCCCGGUGUCGCGGCUGAUGCCCUAUAGGGAGAAGCCAAAGAGCUUGUUCGGCAGGGGCAAAGGCAUGAUCGAGAUUCAUGGCGACAUAGUAGAGCCUCUCGACGUGGAGUGGGAGGCCGAAUUGGGUCUCCUGGACGGCAAAUAG